UUUUCCAGAAAAGUCCUCAAAAGACUUUUCCAACUUGUGUAAAUCUAUCAGUCUCCUUACAUAUUCAUUGUGUUCGACAAAACUGACUCAAAUAGAUCAUUUCAAAGCUCCAAAUUAAAGUUUCUUAGAAACCAGUGCUUUUGUUUGCUUUUAAUUUUAAAACAGGGUGAAAAUGCCUUUCCUUCCUGAAAAAGAACUCAACUAAAUACUUCCAAAAGGGAAUUCCCAGCUUAAAUAACUAACCCAAAGCAGGACAUGGCUGUGUUAUCAAAUAACUUAUAACCCUGCUAUGAUGAGGCACAUGCGUAAUCAUCAUUUCCCUCAUCCAGCGCCAACUGAGCUCAGACUUAAAACCUCCUGCAUCUGCAGAGGGAUCAUCAGUUUAUAGGAGAGCAGGAAGCUGAGCUUUGUGGGAGCUGUCUGUUUACCCUGGAAACCUGUUAUGUCAGGAAAUGCCGAUUAUGAAUCCAGACUUUUUCCAAUGUUUUUUUCACCCACGGCUCUCACUCUGAUGAAAAUGUGGAAACCGGAUCUUGAAAAUCAGUAAUGUCACCAUGCGUUAAUCCGAAACCCAGACUUAAAAGGGGAUGUGUGGGACACGCAGUUGGUAGAGUUUGAAAAUAAAGUCCAGCUAAAAUAUGCAUGCAGGUGAGUGAGAUCAAUCUGUUUUCUUUGAUAUGCUUUCUUGCUCUAGCGAUUGAGGUGGAUUACAGAGUGGCAGGGGCUUCUUUAAUCUGACAGCUUUCGUUUUAGACAUAUAUUAUGUCGUUCACAAACCUAUAUCUGUCAUUUGCAGUUUAAAUCCAGUGGUCACAGGGCAUCUAGUUUAAGCUUCUUAGAUUCAUUUAUUUAACGUUUGCAUGUUCUGAUCUAAAAGUGGUUUAGCGCUGCUUGUUUGCUUUAAAAAGAGAAAGAAUUUAUUUUUUAAGUCAAGUGUUAAUUGAUUUUUUCUUAUUUUAACUGAGUUAAAACUUUGAAUUUUGCCUUCCAUUUACAUUAUGAUCAAGUGUAAAGAUAUUGUAAUGAAAGUUAGAAUAUUUUCCUAAUUUUAUUAUUACUGUAUUUACAGUUAUUAUCUUUUUAUUUAUAUUUUUAAUUACAUUUGUGCUCAUUUAAGUGGUGCAGCACAUGGCAGCAUUGAAGUGAAUAUUAAAAACAGGAAAAGUGAUUUAAAAAAAAUAUGUAUAAUCAUGCACCAUAUUAAUGUUGUCAGUAAAUGGAGGUUUAAAGCUUGUAGAAAAUAUUUUUGAAUUGUUUACACAUUAAACGUAAAAUAAGAUCAGAUGACUUCGGUCAAGAUGUUCAAAGGGCUUUUCACUAACUUUUGGUCAGCAGGAAACUUACUUGUUAAAGUAAGUUUAUUAUAAAGUGCAGUGUAUGAAUUAUGUCACGUGAUUUCUCUGUUUACUAUGCGACACCCCUGCACUAAAUCAAAGGUGGCAGAUUGUCAACGGUUCUGCCCUUCAUUUAAGCUCUAAAGCAAACUGAAGGAAAAAAAACCACACAAAAGGAUGUGAUGUUGGCAAACGAUUGAGCUGAGAAAGCAAACAGAUGGUAAAAGCAUCAAGGUCUUACGCGCCAUGCGGGAUUUUGAACUCCUUACCUCUGACCUCUUAUAUACAUCAAGAGAUUCUGCUAGCUGCACCAAGACAUCAACCAGAGGAAUGCAAAUCCUGCUAAGCUCUCUCUAUCUUUCUCUUAUUCCUUGAUUGUUCCCCUCCUCACUGUGGCAUCGUGCACCGAUGGCUCCUCGUACAGUCUGGAUAUUCCUCCUAUUCACCAAAGAGGGAUUUUCUCUUGCACAGAAGAUUAAAGAUGGAGGUGCAGGACCUAAAGGAAGCAGACCCCCUGAGCAGUCGAGGAACAACCGUCACUGUGGGACCUGGGUUCGGAAAUCAGAUGGUGGAAGCUUCAGCUCCCCAAACUACCCAAAUACGUACCCUCCAAACAAGGAGUGCCUUUAUGUACUGGAAGCCCUGCCCCGUCAGAGGAUAGAGUUGCAGUUCAGCAAAAUCUUCCAAAUCGAAGCGUCUUUUGAGUGUCGGUUCGACCACAUCGAGGUGAGGGAUGGUCCCUUCAGCUUCUCAACACUCAUCAAUCGUUACUGCGGCACAGCCAAUCCCGGCCGGAUCCUCUCCAGCGGGCGCUUCAUGUGGAUCCGGUUCUACAGUGAUGAUGAGCUUGAGGGGAAAGGAUUCCAGGUCCAGUAUACGUUUACUGCAGAUCCUGAAUUUCAUCUCCAUGUAGGAGGACUUUUAAACCCCAUCCCAGAUUGUCAGUAUGAGCUAACUGGGUUUGACGGCGUGAUCCGCUCCCACCAGGUUGAGGAGGAGAACAAAGUGAAGCCGGACCAGGCAGUGGACUGCAUCUGGACCAUACAAGCCCCAAUGAAGAGCAGGAUUUACCUGAAAUUCUUGGAAUAUCAGAUGGAAAACUCUAAUGAAUGUAAGAAGAAUUUUGUGGCUGUUUAUGAUGGCAGUAGUGCCAUUGAGGACCUCAAGGCCAAGUUUUGUAGUACAGUUGCUAAUGACCUCAUGCUGGAGACUGGUUUCGGAGUGGUGAGGAUGUGGGCGGAUGAGACAAGCCGUCUAAGCCGCUUCAAGAUGCUGUUCACAGUUUUCUCUGACCCUCCCUGUAUUGGCGGUGCGUUCUUUUGCCACAGCAACAUGUGCAUCAACAACUCUCUGGUGUGCAACGGCGUACAAAACUGUGUCUUCCCCUGGGAUGAAAACAACUGCCUAGAGAAAAAGAGCAAAGUUGCUUUCCUUCAAAUCACAAAGACUCAGGGAACAAUCAUCUGCAUUUCCACCGGGGUAGUGAUGUUACUCCUCAUUUUCUCCAUAAUGGUGCAAGUCAAACAACCACGUAAAAAGGUAGUGAUACGUAAGAAAAAACUGUUCCAACAUCCUCACCUCCAGAAGAUGUUUGACCCCCAGCACUACGAGCUGUUUUCUAUCAGAGACAAGGAGAUGUCUGGAGACUUGAGGAAUCUUUCAGAGGAACUUCUGUCCCUGCAGGCUCUGAGGAGAUCUUCAUCAGGCUCUCGCUGUGUUCACGAACAUCACUGCGGUUCGCAGGGAUCUAUCAAUUCCAUCAAACCCAGCCACAGUUCAAAUGUCUUGAGGAAGACGUCCUUGGAGCUCGCCCCGUUCAGAAGGGACAGCCAGACCGCUGCGCCUCCUUUCAGGGGCAUAAACAACAGCUCGCGGAAGAAGAGCUGGCCCAGUUUAAAACAGAGCCAAAUGCAGAGCCACCCUGCUAUCAGGGAUCGGGUGCUGUGGCAGCAGGACAGAGUUAUGGAAGAAGAUGACGAGGAAGAGGAGGAGGAGGGGAGGUAUGAUCUGUAUGUCAGAAGAGCAGGAAGCCGAAGGGGAAAAUAUGACAUGACUCAACAAAGAUCGCAUUCCAUGGACUUUUAACAUGAGAAACAAAGGUCAGAGCAUUACAAAUUACAGGGACUUCAGAGACAAUUUUGUGCUGAUGUGAAUAAAACAUGAAGAUAAAAGCAGAUACAGCUUGUUUGCCAUUGUACUUGUCUUAUUUCAUUAAGGUUACGGCACAGUGUUUGGGUAAAGGGCAUGUUAAAGUGAAACUUACGGACUAAGGGACUGCCGAAUCUUUCUGGAAGCGGAAACAGUCAGUGACUGUUUGUGGUGUGUUGUGUCUUUCUGCCCAGCCAGAGGUCAACCACAAAGGGUCACCUUUGAAAAAUAUUUUUUGUAUUUGUAAUGUGCAUGCUUAAUCAUGGAAAUGGUGCGCCCAUAUAAUAUGGAUUGAAUAACCUCUGUCAGAAUAUAUUGCCUGUUUGGUGGCUUCCUAAUUUGAUUUUGAAUCAAAGCACUAUUUGUGUUGUUUUUUAAGAUUUUUUUGCAUUUAAUUUAACUUUCCACAUUUUCUUAAAGUUUAGACUUGUUAGACUGGAAUAUUAAAACUGAACAGGUUUUAGGAUUUAUAAAACCUUUAUAGUGAAAACACUAAACAGAGCAUUUUCAAUGGUUUUAUGGGAUUAGAAUAUUUUUAAAGUGACUCAAGCAUAAAAAGUACAGGAUAUAGAUCUGUGAAGCCUAGAUUGGAUUAUUCUAAAGUGAUUAUAGAUGCUUUUGUAUAGACCUUAUGACUUAUAAAACCCUUGUGUGAAAAAUUGAGGAUUCUUAGUUUUCACACAUUGAGAUGCUUUCUAUUUCUCUUUUUUGACAAGUGUGUUUAGGAUGCUGAAAUGCUUCAACAUAAAGUGUAAUUUUAAUGGA